AUGGUUCUUUUGCGGUCACUUUUCCUUCCUCUGGCAGCUGCUCUUGUGUCAGGCUCCUCUAAAAAAGCUGGCAGGGCUUUGAUCAUUGAAUUGGAUGAGAAAUCAACCACUCUAGAUGCGUUCACACAGAGUGCCAGCGACAUCAAUUAUACUGUCCGGCGUACUUUUAAUGCCUCCGGGAUAUUCACUGGCAUUGCUAUCGAUAUACUCGACGGCAGUGAUUUAAAUGAAACAAAAUCGCGCCUUGAUGCUAUACCCGGCGUCGUCGGCGUAGCCGAUAUUGUCCAAUAUGAGAUCCCUCCGAUAAAGAGCACAUUUAUCGCCCCCUUAGGUGAUAGCUCGCCACUCACACGCCGCGUUGAUGUCUCUGAGGAUUUGGGGUUCACUCUACGAAUGGGUGGUGUUGACAAAGCCCAUGCUAUAGGUAUAAAGGGGGAGGGAAUAAGUAUCGGCUUCAUUGAUACUGGAAUUUAUUACGAUCACCCUGCUCUUGGUGGCGGCUAUGGAAGUGGUAAAAAGAUUGUUGGAGGAUACUCUUUUAUUACAGACGAAGGAAAAUUAGUCGACAGCGACGAUCCAUAUUCUGAUUGUUCCCAGUCAGACCAUGCGACACAUGUGGCAGGCAUCAUUGGGAUGGACCCAUUACAGGCCCCCGAUGGCUUCCCUAUAUCUGGUGUUGCCCCUGAGGCAUCUCUGUAUGCUUAUCGCAUCUUCGGCUGCGGUUUGGGUGGGGUGGCAAGAGAAGGUGGUACUACUGAUUUGGUCUUACAAGCAAUGCUAAAAGCCUUCGAAGAUGGCGUUGACAUUAUCAGUAUGUCAUUGUCAAUUAACGGAGGAAUGACUGGGGAGCUACCAUCGUAUGACCCUGUGACGGCGACUGCCCAACAAAUUAAGAAUGCUGGUGUUGCCAUUAUUGUCGCCAUGGGAAAUGACGCAUCAGGUUCAUUAUACGCAAAUAACCUCUACGUCGAAACGUUCCCUGGCGAACUUUCGAGUGUUGUCGCAGUUGCCUCGAUUGCCAACUCAAACUACCCACUGAUCUAUACAGCAACGGAUGAGUACGGCGCGGAACUCCACUAUUCAAAUGAGCAUCCUAUUCAAGCAACCGAAGGACUUGAUGUCUAUUUGAUUCCGGGUGAUGCGUGUGAUACAAUCGACUGGAAGGGAGUUGUUGAUGACAUUCAAACUUCAGGGAAUCUAAGCACCACUAUCAUCGCUCUGAGUGUUAGCGCGUCAUGUACGUUGUCAGGCAUGGCAUGCUGCGGCAACACAGUCCCGCCUUACUUACUUGGCUUUUACGGUAACGAUACAAAUCCAUACGAUCUGGAUUAUGAGAGUAUCCUGCCAUACCGAUUUAAUAAUGGGUCAACUCAAGCAUACACGGUGCUAGAGCCCGAUUCAGAUACAUUCUUCAGCAACUACAAUACUUCUGGGGGAUAUGGGAAAUAUAAGUUGUUUUUUGGCAACUCUACAUAUAUCAACCCUAAACAGAGUUUAGGCGGAAUGGUGGACUCAUAUAGUGACUGGGGUCCCGUUAGGCUUACAUAUGAGCUUAAACCGCAGAUUGCGGCUCCAGGAGGCCAUAUUUUGUCCACUUUCCCAGAAAGUAUAGGCAGCUAUGGUGUUAUAUCUGGAACAUCCAUGGCAACACCUUACAUUGCUGGCUGCUUCGCGCUCGUCAAGUCCCAGUUCCCUGAUUGGUCAGUCGACGAUAUCUUGAUCGCAUUGCAAACUACGGCCCAACCAACGGUUUGGGCAUGGAACCAGAGCUUGUUGGCGACCACUGCUCAACAGGGAGCUGGCUUAGUCAAUGUCUACGAUGCCAUCACAACAUCCACCCGCGUCUCUCCAGGACAGCUAGCUGUCACAGAUAAUAACAGUACUUCAUUCGGCCUAGCCAACAUCACCGUCGAAAACAACGGAAACUCUACUCAGACAUAUACGCUUGGCCAUCGCGGAGCAGGCUAUACGCAUGAAAACGUCGGUUACGGCGAAGUGGCGCAGAUUGCCAAUUUUGGAUCGGCAGAAUUUGCAACCCCUACCUUCGAGCUGGAGCCCGGUGAGACAACGGAAAUCCCUAUACGACUGUCUUACCCGCCUCUUGCAAUCGAUGUGAGCCGGUUGCCCCUCUUUUCGGGUUAUAUUGAUAUAGUUCCCGUGACAGGAGCGAACCUCAGUAUCCCGUAUAUAGGUCCAGGCUUCUCACCCUACAACAUGGAUUACAUAACUUAUCUAAAUGCCACGCCUACGUAUCCAGGCCUUCCAUGGCUCUCAUUCCCAAACGACAAUGGAAGUAACUACAACGAUGGAUUUUCUGCAGUAGACUCAUCUACAGAAUAUUCAUUUAGCCUACAUGUCCAGCAGUUCUCGAAUCUAUCGAGGGUGGAUAUUGUCCCGGCAAACACAACGUUAAAGGCUCACUUUAACGCUGCAAACUUUACCCUCCCUUCGAACUAUACGUAUCUCCCUUCUACUAGCCAGCCUACUUCGACUCUGUUUGGCGAACCAAGCUAUGGCAACCUUUGGAUCGUGGAAGGACUGACGCAGCCCCAGAGCAUUUUUCUUGGAGGCACAGGUCUAAACGUCACAGAUGACAGCGGUGCAAAACUUUGCUUAGGCUCUGGUGAUUAUAGAUGGUUUUUUAGCAUAUUGAGAUUGGGCGGCGAUGCUACACUAAUCGAAGACUAUGAUACUUGGCUAGGUCCAGUUGUUCGGUUGCUAGAUGGAUAG